AUGGCUCGCUGGCGAGCAUCAUUCCUCGCAGUGAUCCUGUUCCCCUUUCUGGUUGCACUCCAUUUAUACACCGCGCCAUACACGAAAGUCGAAGAAUCAUUCAACAUCCAAGCGGCCCACGACAUCCUACACUAUGGCGUACCUCUGGGCCAGAACGCCCAUCGCAAGCUCAAGGCACUGUACGACCACGUGACAUUCCCCGGCGCGGUGCCCAGGACGUUCAUCGGCGCAAUGACACUGGCGGCCAUUGCAAAACCGAUCGUGUGGUUUUGCGGCGUCGUCGACGGCAUGUCUCAACAGAUGCUAGUGCGCGGUAUCUUGGGCCUCUUCAACGCCGUCGCCCUGAUCACUUACACGUCCGGGGUGCGUCGAGCGUACGGCAAUUCCGCAGCAGCAUGGUACGUCGUCCUGCAAGCCAGUCAGUUCCACGUGUGGUACUACGCGUCGCGGACCCUGCCCAACAUGUUCGCCUUCGGUCUCAGCACGUUCGCCCUCUCGCUCCUCCUCCCCGUCACGCCAUCAACUACAGAGGCCCGCAUCAGACGGACGAGGCUGGCCCUCUACCUGCUCACGCUGGCGGGGAUCAUUUUCCGCGCCGAGCUCGCCCUCCUCCUCGCAUCACAGUGCGCGUGGUUGCUCGUGCGAACCGGUGGGAAUGUCGGCUCCGUGAUCUCCCUCCUCCGUAGAGUCAUCGUCCCGGCAAUCCUCACGGCCACGGUGGCGGGUUUACUACUGACGGUCUCCAUCGACACCUACUUCUGGCAGUCCCGCAAGCUGCUCUGGCCGGAACUGGCGGCCUUCCUGGCGAAUGUGUUCCCCAGGGAUAACGGGCUCGGCGCCUCAGCCUGGGGAACCAGCCCCUGGCACUGGUACUUGACGUCGGCACUGCCGCGGGUCGUGGUGAACCCAUUGCUCCUCGCGCUUGUGGCAUGGAGUUUCACGCAGCCCGGUUUGGCCACGUCGAACCUCGACCUCCUGGCCCCCUCCGCGGGCUAUGUGGCUGUCUACUCUGCGCUCGCGCACAAGGAGACGCGGUUCUUGUUCCCCGUGAUUCCGCCCUUGACGACCGCGAUCGCCCGCACGGCAGAUUUCAUCAACCAGCGUAGGGGGCGCAGCGAGCGCGACCGCAGCCGACAUCGGCUUUCGCGCGCGCUGGGCAUCCCACUCGUGGUGAGCACCGCGCUCACGACGCUCUUGAGCCACGCCGUCUUUCUCCCGCUGUCCGCGCAGACUUACCCCGGCGCGCACGCCCUCUCGGCGGUACACUCGUACUCGCUCGCCUAUCCGCCGCAGCCGACCAUCCGCGUGCAUAUGACCAACCUGGCGCUCCAGACGGGCGUGACGCGGUUCCUGUCGACGCCGUCGUUCACGGGGCCCACAUCGUCCUCCAUGUCCGCACAAGCAGGCCAAGCAGGCCAAGCGGGGGGCCACGACAGACCGGUCUUCUACCUCCCCGGCUCGGCCGACGGACGGAUCCCGGCGCUCUCCUCCAAGCGGCGCACGCAGUGGCGGUACGACAAGUCGGACAAUCAGACCAAGUUCCUCACGCCGACUUUCUGGGCCCAGUUCGACUACGUCGUCGUGGAGGAUCCAGGCCGCGUGGUUGGCCGGUGGGAUGUCGUGGACAAGAUCCCCGGUUUGGGCCGGCCGAGGGUGUUGAAACCGGAUGUGGGGAGGGGGUCGUUGGUGCUGGGUGAUAAGGCCCAGAGGCGCGAGGAUGAUGGCUUGGCCAGGCUUGUCGGGGCCUUAUACGGGGAGUGGGCGAAGCAGGCGUAUGCUGUCGUGCAUGAUGUCGUCAGGGAGGGGUACGGCGUGGACAGGUUACUAGGACGGAAGAUCAGUCUCACCAUGGGAUGGUGGGUGCAUUGGGGGUUGGAGACCAAGCUGUAUGUCUUGAAGAGAGCGGAUGGGGCGAUAGUGCCGUAG